UCAUGAGGCAGGAGAAAAGGAUCUCAGAGGGGCCCCAGGCUGGACUGCUCACCCGUUAGCCAAUGCCCAUGCCAUCCCAAAGAGGAGGGCAGGGAGUAGCAUAAUGCUCCCCCCACGUCACCUCUGGGGGCCUAAGAGGCUUGGGCUUGGGGAAGGUGAGCAGAAAGGCCAGUGCUGGCCUUCCCCGCCCCACACCACGGUCUACUUCAGCCGGGCGUCAAUGUGUCCAAGGCAGCCCAGACAGUGACAGCGAGGCCCAUGGGACUGGGGAAGCUUUAUCUCAGCCCCAUGCCCUGGGGCACCAGCUGCUCGGAACCAGAUUGGACCUGCCUGCACAUUGCACAAUCCCCUCAGAGGCCAGUUCUCCCUGGAAACAGUCCCCUUCCGGCCCUUGUGUGUGUGUGUGUGUGUGUGUGUGUGUGUGUGUGUGAGCUCAGUGGGGGAGUGCAUGUGCCCCAGGCCACACAGCCAGACACUCGGAGCCUCUGAUAUUUUUCCACCCUCAGGCUAUACCACAAAUUAACGUGGACUCUGGACAAGCCACCCUCUCUUUCUGAGCCAUAGUUUCCUUGCUAAUAAAAAAUUCAGGGGCUUCCCAGGGAUGCUUGGGUGGGACUCAGGGGCUCUACUUUGAUAUUGUGUACGUGCACAUUUCUGAGGAUAGUUCCUUAACUGUAAAUCAAAUUCUCAAGAGGAACUAUGACCCCACAAAAUGGUUGAGUUAUUGUGCCAACUGACUGAUAUGGUCUUCCAGCCCUAAAAUUCUGAUUUUAUGAGUCUCUCCCUGCCCCCUUUCCUGCCUCUUCCUGCCCUCUCUCCCACUAAGCACCCAUGAAGCCUGGACCAGUGAACAGAAGGAGCUGAGUUUCCAGGCUGGUUGGACUGCACAGAGAUAGGGGGAGAAUAUGUGCCCUUUUCUCAGUGAUCUGACUUCUUACUGGAGGUGCCACCUGCUCCCACGACUCUCCUAAACAUCAACCAAUAUUGACGGUGUCCCUGCUGUGUGCCGUGCUUCUCUUCCAAGGACUACAUUCCCAGCUUUGGAUUCUAACCACAGCUGAUGAGGCUGCGCUUGGAUUGGAAAAAGAAACCCAAGUCACAAUCCCCCUUUCCCCUAAAGGGGGCAGGAGGGAGAAAGUUGGAAGCCAGGGGAGAUUGGAGAAAGAGAUUAGGGAGAGGGCGCCUGGAAUAACCAGCCCACGUUUCAGCUCCUGGAGCACAGGAUGUGAGGAGCUUUCAGGAAGAGUCAGGUGCCCGGGUGGCAAGGCCAAAGAAAAACAUCAUAACCCGGGGCAGGGACCCCCAAGUCCCUCCAGGAGCGGAUCUGAGGGCUGAGGGCAUCCCUCCACACCUAACUGGUAUAGGUUUCCAGGCCAGGAGAAGGGCCAGCCCCCACCCCGCCCAAAGAACUCUUCCCCACUCGGCAGCCCCCUCCCCCCGGACCCCGCCCUCGAAGUCCCCGCCCAACCCCACUCCCGCCUCACCCCCUGGUGCCUGCGAUCCAGCCCCGCCUUCUCCCUGGGGACCUGGCUCAAAGCCCCCACCCCAAUUUCUACUUCAAAAGGCCCGUUCUCCGCAGGCACUGGGGCCCAGCUCAGUCUCCUUCGGCCACCCCUCGCUGCCCCAAGGGACCCGGAUCGCGACGCGGGUGUCGGACCGGGUCCCCCGAAAUCGGGGUCCGUGGUCGUGGCUCUGUGUGGACCCAGGUGGAAUCUGGGUCAAGAGCAGGGGCGGGUCGGAGUUUCCCAGACCAACCCCAUAGACCGACAGUCCGUGGACUCAAUCCCACAGCGAGGCGCCGCGCUGACACGCUCCCUCCCGGGGGGCCCUCGCGAUUCAAAGACAGCAAUGCACUUCCCGGCUCCCCUCCCCCGAGCACGCCCCCUCCUCUCCCCCUCCCCAACUCCUCACCGCACCCCCUCCCCCCGCGCUCCACCUUUCCCCUGGCUCCUCCCUCGGCGCCUGUGAGCACCCUCCCUCGCAGCCCGCUUGCCCUUCCUCCCAGCCUCCUCUCCCUCCUCCACCCCCUCCCCCCACACUCCUCCCUUCCCUUCCCUUCCCCCUCUUCCCUCCCCCCCCUCCUAGGCUUCCACUUUCCAUCACCUCCUCGGGGCCGUCGUCCUUCCGCACCGUCACCUGCCCGCCUAACCCGGCUGUGCGCCCUCCCGCGACCCCACUCCAGCACACCCCUGCCCCUACCUCCCCCACGGGGCGCCCCGCAGCUCCCCUCCCGCUUCCGCGCUCCCCUCCCCCCUGCCGGGCGCCGCUUCCCCGCUCCCGCUCCCUCCGCGUCUUUUCCUCUCCCCUCCCCGCGAAGUUUCAGGGCUGUCAGUCUGUCAGUCUUUCGGGCGGUCGGCACCCGAGCUACAGGCAGCGGGCGCCAUUGCGAGCAGAGCCGGCUGGGGCAGGAGGCCGGGGCGCCUGGGUCCCGCCAGCAGCGGGGACACCCGACCAGCCAGCCCGCCAGGUACGGGCCGUGGAGGCGCCCAGCGGCAGACGGCUCCGCCUGCUUCCCCUUCUACACCGACACUCAGUCACUGCCCGCUCCGCGCAGCUCCCGCAGUGACAGCUGGAGGGCCCAGGAGAUGAAGUUCCCGACUCCCCACCCUGGUCUUCCACUCCCCACCCUCUGCGCAGAGAAUCGAUUGAUUCCUGAAGUCCCCAGGGUCCGUGGCCUGCUCCCCCAGGAGGAGCUACCCUGGGUUGCCAUGAGAGAGACCUUUGAGGCCCUCGGCUCCCUGGGGUUCUCUGUGGGACAGCCUGAGAUGGCCCCCCAAAGUGAGCCUGGGGAAGGGUCCCAUAAUACCCAGGAGCAGAUGUCCCCUCCCAGGGAAGACAGCGUGCUGGGCACAUGCUCAGGGCACGAGGCCCCCAGACCAGAGGAAGGUGCCCAAACUGAAGAAGCUGAAGCUCCCUGCAGAGGAGGCCAGGCAUGUGCACCACAGAAGGCUGAGCCCCCGAGCUCCUGCCCAGGGGACGAGUGGAUGAUUCGCAAGGUGAAGGUGGAGGAGGAGGAUCAGGAGGCAGAAGAGGAGGUCGAAUGGCCCCAACACCUCUCAUUACUCCCCGGCCCUUUCCCCGCGCCGGACUUGGGGCCUCUGGCCGCCGCGUACAAGCUGGAGCCGGGGGCCCCGGGGACACUGGGUGGACUGGCGCUGGUCGGGUGGGCCCCGACCUCGGAGAAGCCCUACGGCUGCGGGGAGUGCGAGCGGCGGUUCCGGGACCAGCUGACCCUGCGGCUGCAUCAGAGGCUGCACCGCGGCGAGGGCCCCUGCGCCUGCCCGGACUGCGGCCGCAGCUUCACGCAGCGCGCGCACAUGCUGCUGCACCAGCGCAGCCACCGCGGCGAGCGGCCUUUCCCCUGCUCCGAGUGCGACAAGCGCUUCAGCAAGAAGGCCCACCUGACCCGCCACCUGCGCACGCACACCGGCGAGCGGCCCUACCCGUGCGCCGAGUGCGGCAAGCGCUUCAGCCAGAAGAUACACCUGGGCUCGCACCAGAAGACGCACACGGGCGAGCGGCCCUACCCCUGCACCGAGUGCGAGAAGCGCUUCCGCAAAAAGACGCACCUGAUCCGCCACCAGCGCAUCCACACCGGCGAGAGGCCCUACCAGUGCGCGCAGUGCUCGCGCAGCUUCACGCACAAGCAGCACUUGGUGCGGCAUCAGAGGGUGCACGAGGCGGCCGGCCGCGCCCCGCCCUCGCCCGACGCGCCCGCCUCGCCGGGUUCCCCCGCCCCGUCCCCCACCCCGUCCCCUCCCGGACCCAAGCCUUUCUCCUGCUCCGACUGCGGCCUGAGCUUCGGCUGGAAGAAGAACCUCGCCACGCACCAGCGUCUGCACCGCAGCGAGGGGCGCCCCUUUGGCUGCGACGAGUGCGCCCUGGGUACGACCGUGGACCCCGCCGCCGCCGAGCCCUCGGCCUGCGCGCCCGGAGGCACACCGGCGACCCAGGGCGCCCCCGCGGGCGAGCGGUCCUUCUUCUGCCAGGACUGCGGGCGCGGCUUCGCCCACGGGCAGCAUCUGGCGCGGCACCAGCGGGUGCACACGGGCGAGCGGCCCUUCGCCUGCCCGCAGUGCGGCCGCCGCUUCGGCUCGAGGCCCAAUAUGGUCGCCCACUCCCGCGCCCACAGCGGCGCCAGGCCUUUCGCCUGCGCGCAGUGCGGCCGCCGCUUCAGCCGCAAGUCGCACCUGGGCCGCCACCAGGCGGUGCACACGGGCAGCCGGCCCCACGCCUGCGCCGUCUGCGCCCGCAGCUUCAGCUCCAAGACCAACCUGGUGCGCCACCAGGCCAUCCACACGGGCUCCCGCCCCUUCUCCUGCCCGCAGUGCGGCAAGAGCUUCAGCCGCAAGACCCACCUGGUGCGGCACCAGCGCAUCCACGGCGAAGCCGCCCACCCGGCCUCCGACGCCGACCUCUCGGCCCCAGCCUGGCCCACUCCCACAGAGGUGGCAGCGCCCCCGCUCUUCUUCUGAGCCUGGUUCUCGUCGGGACCCUUCCUUGGCUCGCUGGUUGGAGAGACCCAGGCCGGAGAUCUUCUGGGCAGUGAGCACGACGGCCUGGGCCCCUGACAGCUGCUCUUCCCUCCGUCUCUUGCUGGAGAGAAGUUGGGAGAGAGUAACCGGUUUGGAUACCGCGACAAAGACGGUGCUCAUAACGAACCCUUGCCGGGAACAGUUCAGGCCUGAGUCCUGGGAAGACUCCCAGCAACGGACCCCAUCGGAAAGCAGACAUUUCUUGGACACGCCCUUACGCACACACGCGCGCUGCGCGCAUGACCAAGAGCUGACUGGGUCAGGAACCUCUACUGGGGGGGGGGGGGGGGGGCGAAAGAAUGGUUAUCUGUGUACUUAAAGUGUCAUUAAAAUUAAAAUAGAAGGAUCCAGGGCUGUUAAAUGAGCACAGGGUGGGAACCCACCACCCCACCACCCCACCUUAGUUCUCCCACAGAGGACCAUCCCUUCCUAUCCUGGGUGAGCUAAAUUUAGCCAGGUGCUGGUCAUGGGCGGUACCAAAUGAAAAUAUAAUAUCGCUCACUGCUAAA